CUUUGACCCUUACGAGGAGUACCCCGGCGCUAAACCGUUUUCCGAGCCCGAGGCGCGGAUGCUGAGGUCCCUCGUGGAGGAGUUCAAGCCGCACGCGUGGGUGAACGUGCACAGCGGCAUGGAGGCCAUGUUCAUGCCUUACGACCACAAGGCUUCCGAGCCCAAAGGCGAGGGCGCGCAGGCGAUGAGGAGCAUCUUACGCGACCUGAACCGUUUUCACUGCGGCGGGCGAUGCGCCACGGGCGGCGGCGGUAAAGGCGUGGGCUACCUCGCGCACGGCACCGCCACGGACUGGGUGUACGUGAAGGGCGCGGUGCCGGUGGCGUUCACGUGGGAGAUUUACGGCGACACGAACGCGCACUACAUGGACUGCUUCCGGAUGUUCAACCCAAUCGGGAAGGACAAACACGACGCGGUGGUUCGCGAUUGGGUCGCCGCGGGCGUGUCCGUGCUGCCCAUGCUCGCGCGUCACCCGGACCUGCCCGCCCACGUGUCGGCAGGGAGCGGAGGGAUCGGCGGCGCGGGAGGAGGGAGCGGAGGGAGCGGGAGCGUCGCCGUCGAGCGGGAUGACGGGGAUGGGGAGGAGGAGGAGGAGGAGGAUGAGCCGGCGGGACGAUUCGAGGUUCCCGACGAUUCGACCGACGAUUCCGACGACUCCGACGAGGAGGAGGACGGAGACGGGGCCGGAACCCCGGGCGGCGCUAAGCUCCGGGGCGACGCCUCGCGCGACCGCCUCGUUCAACGCUCGGCGGCGGUGAUCCGCGGCGGCGGCGGGAUUCGAACCCGCGGCUCGGGAACCCACGCGACGACGCUCGGUACCCGCGGACUCAUCCACCUGACGGACGGCAUCGACGAGGCGCCGGCGCGGAUGGACAAGAUUCGCGCGCUGCAAAGGCUCGGCGGUUUGAAGGUUGACGGGUACGGCUCGGGCGGCCGGGAAGGGGACGACUGGAGCACCAACGCGGUUCGCGUCGGAGGGUACUCGCUCGCGGCGGCGUUCGCGUGUUGCGUCAUCCUGCCGCGGUGGAGACGCACUCGGUUUCUCAGGCGCGGUUCCUCAAAGGGCGGGAGCCGCAGAAGCCCCAAGUGACCCGGACUUUUUCGGGAGCGGCGGAGCGAGUCGACGCACGCGAUGAAAUGUACAUUCUCUUUCGG